CGCGUUUGGUAUCAUCAAAGAAAAAGCAAACACGCCAAAACCAACCAAAAUUUUCGCGCGUGAAUUUUGCCAAAAUAAUUUAUCUUGGUCAAUUUAUUUGUGCGCGUCAUAUUAUUAAAUGGAAACAACGUUCUGUUCGCUAGCAGUAUAAUAUCUGUUUUUUAAUUUUAUCGUAACAGGAAUAGAGAAAUUAAAGUUUUUAAAAUACUUAGUUUUUUGGCUGUUUGGAAAAUUUUAUGCGAGUUUACACAUACAAGCGCGCACAAACACCUUUACAAGUUCAAGUUGUGUAAACACUACAGGCUUUGGGCUUUUUUCUACUGGUGAAAGAAGGCUGAGCAAAAAAACUUAGAAAAUUGGUUGUUGGAUUAAAUUUCAUCGUUUGUGUAGUUAAAAUGCCCAUUUGUAAGCGAGAUGGCUUCGACAAUGCGCCUUCAAAGAAUAAGGAUGAGACAUUUCACGAUAACGAGGAUGUUUUCUUCUGUGAGGUGACCAAGGAAAUAUUCAAGGAUUAUGAAGAUUACUUUCGACAUGUGAUGGCUAUUAACAGUACCGUGUGGCAGUGCGAAGCCACCGGCAAAGACAACCUUACCUACGCAGAGGCUUUAAAAAGCGAGAAAAGGGCUCGCAAGAAAAUGGAGUUAUUUAAAGACUGUCUUAGGCCGCCAGUAAUGUUGGUCGUAGAGCAUGCCAAACAAAGUUCAUUGAAUGUUCUUAACGCGCUGACAUUUCGAUUUCUUCGUAAACGCUUUUUCAUUGGCGAGGAUGUGCAAAUGUCUGGAAAGAAUAACAAUACGGUAUAUACAGUUGUGGGUAUUAGUUCACCAGACAACAAGGUUCCCUCUAAUGGUGUUUACGAGGACACAGAUCAGCUCAUGUACAAGCUGAAAAGUAAAGGGAAGCCUGGGGAAGUUAUAGCGCCGUAUGAGAGAAUACGCAGAAAAAAAUUCGAAUUUACUGGUGAAAAUUUGCAGAUGUUCAUUAAAAGUAACGUGGUACGGGUGGAUGGCAUAUUGAGACCAAAACCAGAAUCAUAUGAGAAAUUCAUUACCAGCCGCAAAAUUACUUUCCAGACCAUAUUCAUAGGGAAAAUGCCCCACUUCACUCCAGCCAAAACAAAGAAAGCUGAUGAAAGUAAAAAACAAUCUACUCUAAACAAUUACUUCAACAAAAAAGACCAGGAUAAGUCCACUUCGAAACAAGACACAAAGCAGGAAAAAACAAAACAAGAGAAGGCCGAGGAACAGGAAGCAAAGGCCAAAUUAUUGAAGGAGGAAAUGGAACGCAAAAAGCGGGCCAGAGAGGAGACUCUUAUGGCUCAGAUGCGUGAGAGAGCCGAAAAAAGGGCCAAGCUAAUGGAAAGUAUUGAGGAGGAAUGCAAUGCAUUGCUUACCAAAACCGAUGAUUUAGAGCGAAGUGAUCAACGAUUGUUGCCAAAGUUCGCUCCUGUCAAAACCGUUAUACCCAUUAAAAUGGUGGGUGAUGCUUUUAUGCUUCGUGAAUUUAUGCAUACCUAUGCGGGACUGCUUUCUGGAAUCGAGGUUUUUAGAGGAAAUUUGAGCUUUUUCGAAAUGACACGUUCGUUUACUGUCAGAGAAGUGGCUGGUCCACUGUCCGAUAUAAUAUUGAUUCUUUUGGGCACCAUUUUCGAUCUGCAGCGUGAGGAGGAGGAAGAGGUGUAUGUCGACUAUAUUAGAUCGACUCAAUCCAUUCCUUUCUGGGCUCAUUUGUACGUUAGAAGGCAUUUUUACUUUAAGCUCAACCAACUGCCUUUGGAUGCACUGACAGUAAGUGAAGUGUUGCGUUUGCAUUUAUUGGCUUCAGGGGCUAUAGUUAAAAAUAAAGCGGCUGAAAAAUGGCGUAUAAUGUAUAGAAAUGGUUACACAUCAAGUGAAGAUCCCGGCUUAGCUUUAACAAUGCAGCACCCUCACAUCCUUCGGGCUCUGAAAUUGUACACCAUUUAUCAGUUACCAUUCUCCGACAUAAUGCGUGUCAUCAAGUGUCUAAUGGCUCAAAUAUUAACCUAUUCCCCAACCAUUAACCUCAUUGAGGAACGCAUGGAACAAAUGGCAACAGCUAGGCAGGAGUUAAGGGCAAUGAUUAUUGCCGAAAACCAAAGAUUAUCCAAAGUACAGGCGCAAAGAAAACAAUUAACAAAUGAAUUUAAUGUACAGUGUUUGGAUGACGAGGUCAAAAAUAAUCCAGAGAAGAAAAAAAGCAUGGAAGAUAAGUUGAACAAAAAAGUAGCUGAAUUGUUGGCACUUUCCGAGAGGGAACAUAAAAAAUACGAAAACACUAUAGCAAAAACGUAUAGCACACUUUUCAAUUUCCUUGUGUAUCUAGGCAUGGAUAGAGCGUAUCGCAAAUACUAUGUUUUGGAAUCGAUGGCCGGUAUAUUUGUUGAACAUCCUACAGAGUGCAUGGACAAAUGUUUGGAAAAUCCGCCCAAGAACGUCUUGCCAACUGGCGUAUUGGCAAACAGAGCUAAUUUGCCAAAAAAUCGAAAGGAGCUUCGAGCUUAUUUGCUUAAAAUGUACACUGAAGAGGAAAAGAAGGGAAAAAAAGAAAAUUCACAAGCAGCCCAAGAGGAUAAAGAAAACCAAAACCAACAAAAUGGCGCAGUAAAUGGUAUUGUUAACGGUCAUGCGAAUGGUGAAGUCAAAAUGGACGUCGACGAAGAGCGCACAACACCACCCACACAAUAUCAGUUGUAUAUGUGCACAGGAAAUCCUCGUGAAUGUAUAGUACACGAUGAGAAAAAUACUGAUCGGCAAAAGUGGUCUUAUCUAUAUAAGAAAGAAGACCUCGAAGCUUUGAUUGAAUCUUUAAAUCCAUUGGGUUAUCGGGAGAACGACUUAAAGGAGCAACUUACAACGUUAAAAGAUCUUAUUGUUGAGCACAUAAAAAAUUGUCCUGAGGACUUCCUUAAUGUGGAAGCAAAGGCAAUACAAAAGUUUCAUAACAUUAUGAUGAGCGAUACCUCUCGUAAAUACAGCAAUGCCAAUUUUGGCUUUUCUCUUGAGACUUCCGAUCUCAAUGACGUUAUGUACGGGGCAUUGGUGCAAAGGAUCCUUCAGUUUGAGAGCGAUAUAUAUACCGGCGAUCUUGGCCGUUUAAAAGUAAAAGAUAUGGAGAAGUGGAGGAAAGAUGUACACAACAGUAGCUAUGAUCCUCAAUCAAGAUUGCAGUGGGGGCCAAGCAAAACUGCAACAAAUUCAACAGAAGCGGCUGAAGAUGAAGACGACGAAAAUGAAGAGUCUGACAAUGAAAAUGAACCCAAAGAGUCAGAAGAGAGAAAUUACGCAGGAAGACCUUACCGUGACCCUGGAGAAACUUUAGGAGAAACUCUGGAAAUAGAUUCUGAAGACUCUGCUGAUGAAGGCAUCUCACUACAUGAUUCUGAUACAUUACGUUCAUAUGUAAAACAACUAGCUUCAGCUCUGUUGCAAGUGGAACAAGGUAUUGAAAGACGCUUCAUGAAGGAACCAUUUGGUGUCCCAUCAAAUGUCAAGGAUAAGGAAACUCUAGAACGCAAACAACAGCAGUGUACAAAUCGCUUGCGCCAAUGGGAAGUAUCGCUGAUGGAAAGUACAAGUUAUUCACAGGUAUUUCUGCAUUUGAACCUUCUGCACGAUUGCAUUAUGUGGACCCGUUCAACAAAUAAAUCCAAUUGCGUCGUCUGUCGUCGCGGCAGUGACCCUGACAAAAUGUUGCUUUGCGAUGAAUGCAAUGCAGGAACACAUAUGUUCUGCAUGAAACCAAAAAUGAAAACUGUACCCGAAGGAAAUUGGUAUUGUAAGCGGUGCGUAGACAAACUAGGUAUCGGAAAUGAACAGGAUAAGAAAAACAAAACCAGCUCUCAAAGAAAGAAGCGCAAGUUUAUUGUUGAGGAUGAUAACAGCGACGCUGCUUCCGUGUCAUCUGAAAAGACUCGAACAAAUGAUAAAGGACGUGGCAAAAAUUUACAGUCAAAUGAAAUUGAAGAUAUGUUGGAGGAAGAUGAUGAAGAUGUCGAACAAGAUCCUUUGCAAGACGAUGGAGAUGAAGAAGAAUGUGAAGCAGAUGAAGAUGGCGAAGAAGAUGAAGUGGACAAUGAUGAGGGCGAAGGCGAUGGAGAAGAACUUAAUGGAAAUGAAGCAUCAAAUAAUGGAUCCGAUGUUGAUGAGGAUGAAAAUGUUUGUAACAUCUGCUCCUACGACGGCAGCGAGCUGUCAUGCACUACAUGUAAGGACUCCUUCCAUUUAGAGUGUAUUAAACUUAAACGUAUGCCUCGUUACAACUUCUUGUGCAGCAAGUGUAAAGCAAUUGAAGGCAGCAAAAAAAGAAAGAGUCGACUAAAUGAUUCCAAUUCUGAAAAUGACAGCAGCGAUGAUGAUGAACCUCUAGUAAAACGUGGCCGACCAUCACGUCCUUCAUCGCAGCGAAACUCUUUAGCAAACUCAAAAACCGAACAAGCAGAUUCAUCGAAGUCAUCUAAUAGCCGGCGAUCCAUACGUCGCACUGCCGAUAAUUUACCUUUGAAUAAUUCAGUUUUAUAUGAAUUGCUAGAAAAAAUCAUGAAGCAUGAUAAUGCAUGGCCGUUUUUAAGACCGGUGUCGCAGUCUGAAGUGCCCGAUUACUACGAGAUCAUCAAAAAUCCCAUGGAUUUUGCUAAAGUAAAAUCAAAGUUGAAUAUGGGUUCCUACCAAAUCAAUGAAGAGGUGAUGCGAGACAUAGAACUUGUAUUUGGAAAUUGUGAUGAGUACAAUGUCAAAGGAAAUGAAAUUUAUGAGGCCGGAUCGGCACUAGAAAAAUAUGUAAUAGACCUGUGUAAAGAACUUAAUUUGCCCUACAAGCCGAGCGACAUGAACUCCGAUGCUUAGAAAAAUUAUAUUUGAACAAGCGUUUCCGAUUCUUUCGUUUAUUUUUUUUUGUAUUAUAUUUCAAUAUAUUUUUUAUAUCGAAAAAUUUUCUCCAUUCAACUUGAAAUUGAUGUAUGUAUAAUGAUGUUAUUAUGGUUAUCAAAAAUUGUACCUCAAAGUUUGAAAAUAUCAAUUCUAAAUAUUUUAAAUUCGUUACUAAAUUUCAGCCCUGUUUGUCCACUUUUAUUUUACAUUUUUGAGAUCUCUUCUACUCCCUUAUUUUUUUAUUUAUUGUGUGUGUUCUUUUGUAAGCAAAACAAUAAAACAAACCGGCCUAUAUUUAUAUUCCUUUUUUAGUGUUUCCCAGAAAUGACUUUGUGGCAGUCAAAACAUUUCAAGUAUAACAUGAAAACAUAUUUUUAUUCUUAAUUUAAAUUAGGUUUAAACACAGAGAACAAUUUUUGUUUACAUUGUAUCUUAUAUUAUAAGGAUUUACAAUUAAUGAUAAGCUAAAUAAUUUAAUUAUGAUCCAUUUAUCCCUCAAAUAGAAAUGAGAAGUUGAGAUAGAACUCAUACAAACACACACACAAACAUAACAUUGGUUAUAAAUAAAUUAUUGAAUAAAGUUUGCAUCCAUUACACAA